GAAAAGGCACCUUAAGUUCUUCAACGGAUACGACAGAAACUAAAUCCACCAUUACGUUUUGCAUUUUUCAUCAUGGACGUUUUCUUCUUUCCGGUUGUAAAUCGCGUGUAGCACGAUGGGUAAACCCAGAGGUCUUCGUACGGCACGUAAGCACGUGAAUCAUAGACGCGAACAGCGAUGGAAUGAUAAAGACUACAAAAAAGCACAUUUGGGAACCAGAUGGAAGGCUAAUCCUUUCGGUGGUGCCUCUCAUGCUAAAGGCAUUGUCUUGGAAAAAGUAGGAGUAGAGGCCAAACAGCCAAACUCUGCCAUUCGUAAGUGUGUCAGGGUACAGUUGAUCAAGAAUGGAAAGAAGAUAACAGCUUUCGUGCCAAGGGAUGGUUGCCUGAACAAUAUUGAAGAAAACGACGAAGUUCUAGUCGCAGGUUUUGGUCGUAAAGGUCAUGCUGUUGGUGAUAUCCCUGGAGUGCGAUUUAAGGUGGUGAAGGUUGCAAACGUUUCUCUACUUGCUCUUUACAAAGAAAAAAAGGAACGACCUAGAUCUUAAAAUUAUAAAUCACUCCAUCGAACAUGUAUUUGAUAAAUAUAAACACAAGUUUAAAAACCUA